AACUGGUACAAUGAGAUAAACAAAUGGCUUAAAGGUCAACUAAAUGUUCUGGCGAUUGACUCGGGUACAAAGAAGGAGAUUGAUUCCAACCUCAGGGGAUUUAUGAUGACUUUUGGCCGGCGUCCCAUCAACCCAGUACUGAUAAUAUCCUACGAAACUUUUCGCUUGCACGCCCAGGUACUGCACCAGGGUGAAGUGGGCCUCGUGCUCUGUGAUGAGGGUCACCGACUAAAGAACUGUGAGAACCAGACUUACCAAGCACUGAUGGGUCUGAAGGCAAAGCGCCGUGUCCUGCUUUCGGGAACCCCAAUUCAAAACGAUCUGCUUGAGUACUUUUCUCUCGUGCACUUUGUCAAUGCAGGGAUUUUGGGAACAGCUCAGGAGUUUAGAAAGAAAUAUGAAAGGCCAAUCCUGAGGAGUCGGGAUGCUGAAGCCUCCGACAAAGACCACGAGAUUGGCAAAGAGAAGUUGGAGGAACUGAUUGCUAUAGUCAGCAGAUGCAUCAUACGGCGCACCAAUGAGAUCCUCUCCAAGUACCUGCCAGUGAAGGUAGAACAUGUGGUGUGUUGUCCGAUGACCUCACUCCAACAAGAUAUGUACCUCAAGUUCAUCAACUCUGCCUCAGUGAAGAGAGAGAUUACAGGCUCUGAUGGUCGAUUGGGGAACACUGCUCUAGCUGCAAUAACUAGUAUGAAAAAGUUAUGCAACCAUCCCGAUUUGUUGUGGGAUAAGGUGAAAGCCCGUGAGCCUGGAUAUGUGGAGUUGGACGACUUGUACCCUUCAGGACACGACCCCAAACGCUUGCGUCCCGAGUUGUCCGGUAAAGUGUCUGUUCUGGAUACACUUCUGGCAUUGAUUCGAAGCUCAUCAGACGACAGGGUUGUUCUCAUCUCCAACUACACACAAACUCUUGAUCUGUUCCAGGAGUUGGCUGCCCUCAGGAAUUAUCCUUAUGUUCGUCUGGAUGGAUCCAUGUCUAUUAAAAAGAGAGCCAAGAUUGUGGACCAGUUUAAUGAUCCAGCAGGAAGGGAUUUUAUCUUCAUGUUGAGCAGUAAAGCAGGCGGCUGUGGUCUUAACCUUAUAGGAGCCAACCGUCUGGUAAUGUUUGACCCUGACUGGAACCCUGCUAAUGAUGACCAGGCCAUGGCCAGAGUGUGGCGCGAUGGCCAGAAGAAGAAAUGCUUCAUAUAUCGACUCCUUGCAACUGGAAGCAUAGAGGAGAAGAUCUUCCAGCGUCAGGCCCACAAGAAGGCACUGAGCAGCUGUGUAGUGGACUGUGAGGAAGACGUUCAGCGCCACUUCUCCAUCUCAGAUCUUCGGGGGCUUUUUAUACUCAAUCAAAACACGACUUCUGACACUCAUGACAAGUUUAAGUGUCGUCGCUGUGUGAAUGGUAUCCAGGUACGACCUCCACCUGAUGACGCUGACUGCACUUGUGAUUUGUCAUUGUGGCACCAUUGUCAAGACAAAAAGGGACUGGAGGACUUGAUGCUGCGUCAGUGUUGGGCGGCUGGUAUCUCUUUUGUCUUCCACCAGAGAUCACAUGUACAGAAGAUAGUACCUUGAUGUGUGUUUUAUGAUUCUGGACUUCAUCCAUGUGGUAAUAGAGUCAAGCUGGUAAGUGAAAAUGAAAUCUGUGAUGGUUGGUAGAAAUGAUAAAAAGAAUUAUUGGGUAGAACUGAAGUAGGAAUUAUAGGUAGAGAGGAUUGGUUAUCAUUUUAUAAUAAACAUCAAGAUGGGGUUGAUAAUUCCCCAUUAUUGUACUGUACAGUUGCAAACAAAAGUCCUGUCGCCUCUCCUGCUACUCCACGAACACCAAUAUUCAGACUCGUGAACCCGAAGCAGUAGAAACAUGGAUGGUUAAGAGUCUGAUUCUUGGGGUGUACAAAGUAGCAGGAGAGGCGAUAGGACUUCCAACCAUAACAGUAUAUAAAUCAUCAUUCAACAUUUUUCAUAUUCAAUACUUAUUUGUAUCAAUAAAAUACUGUAUCCUCAUUUAUUUUAUCUGUAUAUUAAUACUGAACCAAAUAAAGCCAUUGAUGAUGUGACUAUAAGCUAUUGCUCCCUUCCUCUCUUGUCUAUCUGUAAGUCAUGAAAUAAUUGGCAUUAACUUGCAUUGUAUAAGUCUCCCUCAGAUGCAAAGCAAAUGGGAAGCUAUUGCUAUUAACUCAAAAAAAUAUAUAUAUUUCAAUCUUUUCUGUGUUCUUAAUUGUUUCCAUGCUUUUCAUUAGUUUUCAUUUUCUCUAACAUAAUCUCUUGAUAUCAGAAUCGAGUUUACGUUUACAAUAAUUGUAGAACUUUUUUAUGAUUUAACUUACAAGUUUCAAAUUGUAAAGAUGGAAACAGUAAUGAUACUGUUUUGGGGGGACCGUAUUUCAGAAUAGUACUGUAUUUUGGUUACUUGUUAAUCUGAGUGAUGCAUAGAACAGUCACUUUUACAAUAAUUAAAUGAAGUUUGUUUUUCUCUGAUGAAAACAUAAGAUAGACUAGUUAUUAUGAGACUGAUAUAAGUUUUAUGUGUACAGUAUCAGAUACUGGUUGUUUCUCUUGUAAAAAAGAAAGUUGAAUAUUAAAACAAGUGUAAUGUUUGUUGUGUACAUAAUAGAUGUUAUUUUUAAUAAAUAUUUCAUAUAAUAAAGUGUUUUAAUGCUUGUAACAUUUACAGGUGGAGAUGAGAGUUGGUGUAGAGCAUCAUU